AUGUUUAAUGAACUAAACGAAAAAUUCACAGUUGCAGCACUUCGUCUUGAUGAGAGGAUAAAUCGUUGUUCGUUAUUGAGUAUUCCGGAAAAACCAUGGAAAUCAUUCACUCAUCUACUUUAUGGCCACUUUUUCUUGGCUACAACAUUAUUCAUUUUUGGGACAUUAUGUUUUUGCCUUGGCUUGCAAUUCAGUGUUAUGUACAGUGAGGUUAAUUGUGCUAAUGGCAUUAAUAUUUGGAUUCCUCUUCUCAAUUUGUUUGUCUCAUUAACGGGUUUAUUCGCUUUACGUGCACUUCACUUGCAUUGGCCAGCUUUCAUAUAUUGUAUUGGUUUAUGCAUUAUGAUAUUUAUGAUGCUUAUAACUAUUACUGACAGUAUUUUGGCAUCUGUACGUUGGUUCAACCAUGCCCGAAAACCAGCUGAUCAAUGGGCAAUUAAUUUUUCUUGGAUUGAUUUAACUCUUGCAAUUUUAGCUAUUUCGAAUGAAGUGACUUAUAUAUGCAUCCUGGUACCCCUUUCAAAGUAUUGGUACCAACCUGCGAACAGUUAGUG